AGCACGAGCUGGAAAUGUACUGUGCGUCGGCACGCCCUCACCUUCACCGGAGCACGCACGCAAACGUACAUCACUUCAUUUGGCCUUUUGUGCACUACCGUUUGGAGUAACUUCAUCAACACUCGUUUCCUUCGCUUCGUAUAUAUUUAUAUGGGUGAAGCACGCAUGAGGACGAGACUCUCUUCGCUUCGACAAAGAAUCAUAGAAAGCAGCAAUGACCACAACCACCGCCGCGUUUCCUUUAUGGAUCAACGACGUCGCAGCCAUCACCGAGCUGCAGAUGUCGCAACACUCUUCGGACGAACACGUGCCGCGUGCUUCGGCGCCGUCGUCUGCCACCUCCCUGUUGACCAUACGCGACCUGUUUCGCUGCAACACGCACGACCCGCAGGAGUGUUGGCGCUACACCCUGCUUUCGAGCUACGUGACCGACCUGGAGUGGCUGCUGACAUCGGUGCCGGAACUGUCGGCAGUGACCCAGAAAGUCCUUGUCUUGAGCGGGGACAAGGGAACGGCGACGCUGCGCAGGAACGAGCACGGGCACUACCUGCCCACCUCCUCCGCGCUGGACCGCGUGAAUCCUUUUCUGGCUGCUCUGCAGACAGUAGCCCAGAGCCGACGGCAACACACAGGCGGUGGCGCCUCUUCUUCGUCCGCCUCUUCUCUUUCUGCAGUUCGUCUUACGCGUGACCGCUUUGCUGCGCUUGAACCGCCGCUGCCGAUCGCCUUCGGCACCUACCACACAAAGAUGGCCGUGUGCGUGAACGCGCGAGGCGUGCGUGUGUGCAUCUUCACCGCCAAUUUGGUGGAGCAGGACUGGCGGUGGAAGACGCAGGGCAUCUACAUGCAGGACUUUCCUUGGGAAGGCGCGGCGUCUGACUCGCCUGCGACGGUGCCGCUGCCCAAGAGGAGCGCCAAAGCGAGCGACUUUGCACGUCAGCUGCGGCGCUACUGGGCGUGCUGUGGGCUUGACAUGUCCACACCCUUUUCCUGGGAGACCGCCGAAAAAACCCCGCUCGGCAUCUUUAACACGGAUUUUCUUGCUCACGUGAACUUUGCAGAGGCGAAGGUGUGGCUAGUGUCGUCGGUGCCCGGCACGCAUGUCGGGGGCGAGGCGAGCGCGGGGUACCGCGUAGGUUUGUGUCGCCUGGCCGAGGCGUUACAGAGCUCUGCCGUUGCUGUAGCCAACAAGGACGCUCCUUUGGUUUUGACGUGGCAGUACAGCUCGCAGGGUUCGGUGAAUCCAAAGUUCUUGAACGCUCUUCAAGCGGCCAUGUGCGGCUCGCCAGAACUCGUCGAUUUAGCUGCCGCACACAAAGAUUUCCCUCCCUCUUGUUCCCCUCCUGCAAACGUGCAAGACGUGCAGAUCAUCUAUCCCACAGAGGCGGAGGUGCGGAACAGCUUCGAGGGUUGGCGAGGCGGCGGCUCGCUGCCACUGCGGCUGCAGUGCUGCCACGAGUUUGUGAACGAGCGGCUGCACCGCUGGGGGUGCCAACGUCGCCUCAGCACAUCCUCCUCUUCCACCCCUUCCGCCGCAGCUGCUGGCGUUGCUGCCCACUACUCGCGUGCGUCUGCGGUGGACGUGGAUGCGUUGGAUGAUGAUGAAGAGGGAGAGCGAGAGGGAGCCGUUCUGCAAAGCCCAUCGUCUUCUGCUUUCGCGUAUCGCCAGUACGCGCUGCCGCACAUCAAAUCGUACGCGGCCGUGCACGCCGACCGCACCCACCUGCACUGGUACCUCUUGACCAGCGCGAACCUAUCCCAGGCGGCGUGGGGCAGCAUCGGUGCCAAGGCCACCAACAAAACACCCCGGCGGCUGCUCGUGCGCUCCUACGAACUCGGUGUGCUGUACGACCGCACAUCCGCGGUUUCCCCAUCUGCCACUCCGUGCUUCAGCGUGGUCGCUUCGCCGUGCAUUCGCUUCCCGACCUUCGCGAACUCGGCAGACGCGCUCUUUUCCACUCCACUGAGCGACAGCAGCCGGAGCCGUGCAAACGUCGGCACUGAGAACUUCGCCGAGCCUUCCCUGUUUCUCCCGUGUAACAUGCUGCGACCCGAACCGUACGCGAGCUCCGCUACCUUGCGCGCCGACCGCCGCUCGAAUCCCGAAGGCGUCGCCCUGCCGCUUAGCUGCCGUGACGUGCCAUGGGUGAUCGAGAUUCCCCACCGCGGCCCCGACGCAUACGGGCGGGACGUGGAGGAGGCGUUUGCAGCGGACACCCUCCCCCCGCUCUCCCGGUGGCGACCCUGUGUCGAGGAAGGCGAGGCGGAGAAGCCGCGAGUUACUGCGCGCAAACGUGCACGUGACUAA